UGCCCGCCAGACAAGAACCAUAGAAAAUGGCGAGUCAGUGUAAAAGGCAGCAAUGCACAAUCGACAGGCGCGGCUUUCGGCAGGAACUUGACUCGUGGAGGCACAAACUCAUUCACUGUGUAGGCUUUGAAAGCAUUCUCGAUGGUCUGUUUGGUCCAGAGCUGGUUCAAGACCUCCAAUUAUUUAAAGACUUUGAACCUACAACAGUGUCUGACUGGUCAUUUGAUGAAAACUGUCUAUUCUGCUGUUUAAGGCGAGACAAAGUAAAGGAACACUUAAUUGGCCUGAGCCACGAGGGUCUUGAUGACACACCCAAACCUCUCCAGGUUAGAGAUCAGACCAACAUCAGCAGACUAGAGAAACAAGCUGAGGAAUUUCUUCAUGCAGUCCUCACCAGAAAAGAUGUGCCAAAUUUCUCGGACCCCCACAUUCCAGUAGUGGCUCGAGAAAUCCUUCAGAGAAUGAUCAAACAGUUUGCUGCCGAAUAUACCUCAAAAACCAGCUCCUCUCAGGACAGUUGCUCAGAUUCUCAGCCUCUCUCUGACCAAAGCCUGCCGACCCCGCCCUUGAUCUCAGGGGCUCCCCCUUCUACCAGCCCUGCGACCACCCUGGCUGGACCUGCACACAACCAGAACCCCGUCCUCAGCAAGCUCCUCAUGGCUGACCAGGAUGCUCCUCUUGACCUCACCAUCAAGAAGCCCCUGGCUACGCCUAGUGACCAAGAUGGAGUCCUUGACCUGUCAAUCAAAAAGAACCGCUAUAGCAGCAUCCUGCCUGUCAGAAGUCCCUGCCUCUCUCCAGCCGUAACCACGAUCAAAGGGCGAUCCUUGAGAGCGGACGGACAGGUCGGGCUGUUUAUGAGGAGCCUACAGGAUGGGAGGAGGAGGGAGAAUAUCGGCCACUCCAACCGUUAUAAGCCUUCCUCAUCUCUUGCAUACUCGCUGCACAUCAAAGAGGAAGCCGAUCUGGAGAGCGACCCAGAGUCACCUCUCAGCUCCAGACCCACUGACCUUUUCAAAAAUGGAUCUGCUUCCCGGAUUUCCAAAACGAGUUUUGGGGCCCUCCUCAAACUCAAAACCAACAGCGAGGCUAGUGAGCACCUGAAAGACAUACCCAGGUUGUUGGAAGCUUCUGGACUUUUGACAAAGGCACUUGCCUAUGAGAAGGGAAACUUCCAGGAGGCCUGCAGGGACCUCAACCUCUCUCAGCCAUCAUCCUUUGACCUCAAGAUUCCCCAAGUGCGGGUUUUGUCCACAGGAACAGAUCCAACUUGGGAUUUCCUGUCCACUGAAUACUCAGGUUCAGCUUGUGAAAAUGGUCUGGGAAAGACCAUUCGAUCCUUUUUACCCCGACAGAUCCAGAAAAAAAACAGUGGCGGUUUGAGUAGCUCAGGUUCAGAGAAGGAAUACUGGCCUUAUGAUACUGACCGCCAAGCUCUGGGGGGAAGCUAUCCUCUGGAUUCGGAGUCAGAUUUGGCUAACAAGCAGCCAAGGAAGAAACGUGGGCGAUAUCGUCAGUACAACACUGACCUGCUUGAAGAGGCCAUUGUGGUGGUGAUGGGUGGGAAGAUGAGCGUGUCUAAAGCUCAAUCCAUCUACGGCAUCCCACACAGCACCCUGGAAUACAAAGUUAAAGAGCGACUGGGGACCUUGAAACAUCCCCCCAAAAAGAAGCUGAAGCUGAUCAGCCGGGCAGAGGAGCAGGAUGUUCAACUGUCCAUGGAGGGGAAGGACCUCCUUAACUCCCAGCACGUUGCUACUGUGAAAAGAGAGAGUGCAUCUGAAGAGAACGGGAAUGAUUCCCAUGAUGGAAGCCUCUCGUCAAAUGAGUGAUAUGACCCUGAAGUACUAAUGAUGAUGUACUUUUUAACUACACAGAUGUUGCAUUUGCCAGACAGCGGUGGUUACUGAUUUGUUUUUUCCAUAAAACCUUAAGAGUAGUGAGAAGCACUUACAUUGGAAUAAAAAUAUUUAUUAACUUAAUCUCUACCCCUUAACUUUAAAUCCUAAAAACACUAAUAUAUGUGUGUUUGGCAAUGUAUCCUAAACACUCCAAGAAUCUGAUUGCCCUACACAGGGGGCCUGAAAGGCAUUCUUGCUCUAUGUGAAGAAUUUACAUGUACAACAGUACUUCAGUUUAUUUAAGAUGAUGUAUUUGAAAAUAAGCAUUCCUGGCUCUAUAAAUGUAUACGUUACACACAGAGCCAAUUGAAUCAUGUCUAAGGAAGUGGCGCCCCUCGGUGUCUUCCCUCAGUACUGUUUAAAGCACUUGGUUAAAUUUUCAAAUUGCAUAGACUUCUAUGUCUAUGCCAUAUGUGUGCAGGCCCUGCACAUAUAGGUAAAACAUGUAGUAUACAUGAUUCUUGUGUCGAUGACUAUCCCUGUUUUGCAAAUGCACUUCUGGCUAAAAUGAACACUGGAGAGAAAACUAUAUGUCCAAACACUACUAUAUUUUCAAUAUUUAUUGUUGCAAACACAGAUAUUCAGAAUAUUUAUUUAUUAUUGUUGUCUGAUUGAAUAGCAUGAUGUUAAGAGCAGGAUUUGUUUUCCUCAUAAGCAUGACAGGUUGGUGCUGCCUAUAUUUUGUCUGUACCAUUUACUCUGGAAUGGAAUCUUUUUUUUUUUUUUUUCAUUGCCUUUGCUACACUCAGGAUCAAAUCAGGUUGGGAUGCAGUACUUGCCAUCCAAUGAAAGAGUCUAUCAGAUACAGCAUUAAUGUACACACAUACUGUAAAUAUACCUCAGAUGCAGAUAUGCUUCAUUACUAAACCAUCUGCUCAAUAAGUCACCUCGUUUGGGGAAGGGUAACAUACCCAAAAAACCCUCUGAGGAAACAUUUCAGGAUGUCUUACUGACAAGUUAUGUGUCACCUACUCUCAGAUGUAUUCACAACCUACCUUAACUAGUUUCAAGUAGCAUCUCAGUGCCAGUGUAAGCCUUCAGAGCAUUUCAGUUCUUUGGGCUGGUCUUUUCAGAUUUCAGGUAUUCUCUCUGGGAUGUCUUCUUUUGAUAUUUAAAAAAGAAAAAAGAUGCAAAAGCAUUAUUUAUUCUGUACACAUGCAGAACCUAUUAUACAUGCAUUAGCAUUUAGUUUGCCCAUUGCGCAUUACUCAGAAUUAUAUGUUCAGGUAAAUCGACCACACUCGCCUGGUGUUAUGAGGAGGCUUUAGUGGCCUAAUUAUUCACAGUCCCUGAUUGUGCAUAAGCUAAGCUCUUGUUAUCAGAUACAUCCUGACUCUCAAAUAUAAAAGUACAUUCAGGUAUUAUUUCAAAUGUUUACUUCAAAAAAAUCUAUACUAUUAUAUCAGUCCUGCGUUCAUGAGAUUGUAGAUUAACAAACUAGGUGUAGUGUUGUUUUUUGUUUAAAAGCUCUUAGCUAUAAAAUAAGUCAUUAUUUUAUAAAAGGAACAUUAUCAAGCAAUAGUCGCAGAUGGACUCUUAACAAACUUGCUGAUUCUGCUAGCUUGCUAACAUUUGCCAGCUAUCAAAGUUAGCUUACCUCGUAGUCACUGUUGAAAUAAUGCCUCAUUCAACAAACACCUAUUUCUCCAGUAACCCGAAAAUUCAAUGAAAAUACAUCAAAGUAAAAUAGAAAUGCUCACAUGUUUGUAGCUGAAUGGAAAAAUAUCUCAGGCAAGCCUUCCAAGAAUGACCCGACGUACUGUGAUCUGCAUGAACUAUUUUAUUCAUGGUUUGCAGUUUAUUGCUGCUUCCAAAAUUCUGCAGAAUGGGUUCAUAUCUCGGCUAUUUUCCAUAAAGUAUCCGUCCUGUCCAUGCCAGGGUGUGGCUGGACACUUUCUCCUACCUUCACCACCUUGUCGGGCUUUUUUCUGGCUAUACCAAAGCUCAGGUAGACGGCGUCUCCUUAAAACGAAACGUUUCAGAAAGUUGGAUUGUAGUGCUCUCGUGUAAAAAUGGAAUUGGUGGCCUAUUCACUGUUGCAAUUCCAUGAUAUUUUCAUUGAAUUUUUGCCUGGUUGACUCGGCAGAAGCGGAACUUAUCCAUCAGCUUGCCUCAUUGUGCACUUAUACCUCAGGAUAUUCAGGAAUAUGGGAUCAUGGCCCAUUGUUCUUUCAUCAGGUUGAAACACGGCUCUAGAAAACGCCGGCGAUUCAUUUUUUUUUUUUUUCAAAUCUUUCAGCCUUUUAUACUUAACUCAAAGUUGUGUAGAGGAACUUGGAUGUUUUGAUUAGAAAAAUGGUUCAUUAACUUCAAGCAUUUAACUCAGAAAUGAUGUACAAUAAGCCUGGACUGUAAACAUGAGUUUACAUGUUUGAGUUACUUGAGCAGAGACGGAUAGUUCAGGGACUUUUACACUGGUAUUUAAUAACCCUGUAAGAAAAGUAUCGUUUUAUUUAUACAGACUAAAUCUAAGAUUCUCUUAAACUGUGCAACCUGUUGAUAUACAUUAAGGAACUUUUAUUUUCUAUGCUGUUUUUAAUUUCAGUUAAAGUCUUCAUCGUUUCUAACAGCCUUCACUCUAAACUGCAGAUUAAACAUUCUUAUAUAACGUCCUAAAAACAUGAGACAGUUUCAGAUGUUUAAUAAAUUAAAGAAGGAAGUCUCUUAGGAAUCAUUUUUUUACGCAUUGACAAUCAUCUUACGUUUCACAGAAGUCGCACGUCACUUUCUCAUCCAAACACUUUAAUACAUUUUUAAUUUAUAUCUUCAACACUUACAACCACUUAAGGAUUAUUGACCGGCGAAUCAGGAUUUUGCCGUCCUUAAAGUCGGUUGUAGCAAAUCUUUUAGUCAACUACCUCAUCUGGAAAACCCCAUAUCACAUUCUCCUGUUAUUAUCAUAAUAAUCAUUUUAUCAUUAAAUCAUCAUUUUAUGUAGCAUUUUCUAAUGCACACAACAUGCAGUUCAUGGUUAAAUCCUUUGAGUCUUUACGUUGAUCUAUUCAACAGUUCUGACCAUAUGUAAAUAGUUCAGUGUAUCCAGUAUAGGUCGUUGCACUGUGAUCCAUUUAAUGUUUUCUUCUUCUCAAUAUUUAAUUUCUUUUACGGGUUAAAUGGUGGUGGGAACAGUUUAAACUAAAGCUUUUGUUUUUAAAAAUGGGGGAAAGGUCCAUCUCCCCUCGUACAAAACCUUCACAUGGAUCUAUGAGAUAUUUUAUUAAUGCAGUAUUCAUUAAUCAGUAUAAUUAUGAAAUGAUUUUAUCACCUCUUACGUAACCAUGAAUGUAAAUGGCUUUAACAAAACAAAAUGUUUCUCAUAGUUGUUUAUGAAGAAAAGUAGAUAAUGCUUUAAAUGUAUAUUUCACUGCUGACAUGAUAUAUGGGAAGGGAUGACAUAAGAGAUGAUCCCACUUUAUUCUGAUCAAACUUUGAACCUUAUGCCUGAGACAAACUUUAACAUAGAAGGCCAGAAGUCUUCAUAGGUGUGAUUUUCAAAUAACUAAAGAGUAUCCCUGUCCAUUAAAAAAGAAAAACAACGAUGUACAUAUUUUAUAUAUAUUUGAUUAACUACAUAUGAUUGAUACCGGAAUGAGACGGGGGAAAUAUUGCAUGAUUUGUCUUGAUCAUAUUUGUUAGUGGUAUAAGGUGAAGGUUAUCUUUGAGGAUGUUUUAUUGAUAAUAGUGAAGUAUUGGUGUGUUUACCGUCAAGUCUACAAUGUAUCUGCUAGAUAAACUGUGAACCUGGAAUAUCACUGAGCCUGCUCACAAUCGUGUUAACGGUUCAUUUGAAAGUGUAUGAUAACUCCCUAUACAGUAGUUUGUGAUUUCCAGAUCAUUUAGAGACGUGAUACACCUCAUAUGGGCGUUGUGGAUAGGUUAAUACAUCUGUGUAAGUGUGCUUGUAAACUAUUGUGGAAAUGAGCUGUGACAUGGUUUGCUUCUGCUUGUUAGAUUGGUUAUUUUAUUCCUUGGGAAGAAAAAGGCGUGUACUCUGUGUCAGUUCCUCACUGCAAUGCUACAUCAAAAGAGAGAGAGAGAGCGAGUUAAACCCUCAGGGAUGAAACGUGUACACUUACCGUUCUAUUCAGGUACCUCACUUAACUCCUUAUACAUUGCAACCAGGGACGUGAAGUUAAUUAGCUUAACAAAUGGAACGGUCAGGUUCCAGUUGUAGGAAAUGUUAUUUUUUUAACUUAUGAAACUUAUUUUUCAAUCUCUAAAAAUUUCAUGUCAUAUAUUUUGGUGUGCUUUUUUGGAAAUAUAAUAAAACGUCAUCUAUUUAGUGUUAUUUUUAUACUUAAUUACACAAUGAAUGUCAAUAUAGCCUCAGUGCAGGUACGAUGUUGACCAGUGGCUGUUUUAACAAACUGCUUGCCAGUUCAGUUCUUCUCUUAGCCCUCUGUUAAUUAAAAAAAAAAGUUUUAACGUACAAUACAGCAUUUCAAAAGUUUUCAACAAAUAAUCCCAAGACACGGUGCUAUAACUUUGACGAUAUGGGUUGUAACCUUGGAUUUAAAAGUGAAAUCUGUAACUUCUCUACUUGCUUUCUUGUUCUUUUCCCGAGACAUGUUGUUGCUAUUACUCAAACUGAAAGGGGCCAGCAUGCUCCUCAAGUAGAAAAAAAAAAACAUCCACAUUUCUGUUGCUUACUUAAACCCUGAACAUUUCACCUCCAAUUUGCCAUGUAGCUGGAAACAUACACUGGAGAGAGGCUCAGGGCAUUGUUAACACUCUAGAUAUUAUCCUCCAUCUUUGCUAUUGCUCAAAGACAGAAAGGUGAAGAGUUACAGAUUUCAGCUUGGUCAGUCAAAUCAAGUUUAUUAUAAGUUUAUAUUGUAGUUAAAUAAAACGGUAGCAUUUUAUUCGUAUUGUUUGCGUUUAUCAAAUAUUAGUCAACUUUCUGACUACUUGAUCAUCUUACAAUUGCCUGCACGUCUUUUUAUUAGAAUACAAACGAUGUGAAAAAGGGUAUUUCUAUGUUUUAUUACACAAACACAGCCUUGUGACAUGUCACCUCAGGAAUCUAGAUAUGGUUGCAUUUCUGUACUCACUCCUCUUAUCUUGACUAAUCUGGAUGGGACUUUUAUUUAACAAAUAAAAAAAAAAAGCCUUUCAGAGUUAUAAAAUGAUAUAUUUGGUGCAUAAUGUGAUGGUAUAAAUACUCCAAAGGUAUUGGAGAAUUUUGUAAUCUACCUACCUCACUGACGAAUCUUGAGCCAAAUAACAAACGAAACAAAAAAAACAUGCCAGCCCCCUUUAGGCCGAUUUAAAGAUUUGUAUUGGCACAAACAAAACCUCAAAGAUGUUGGAAUUGAAGUAAUUCAACAUAUGUUCGUCCAUGCUUGAUUUUUCUUUAUUGGUUGAUUUGUCGUUAGUUGUUUAGCACUUGUAUCUAAAUGUCACCUUUUUAUGCACGUGUUACAAAAUGCGUUAACUUGACAAAAACUAUGUAAUCAAUAUUUCCCCCAUGUAGUUGCUCUUUUGAAGUUGUAAACAUGUGAUGAUCUGUUUUAAUCAAAGUGGCCCACCAUUACUAAUUGUGUUGUGCAUGUUUCUUGAUGUAUACUGUAACAAAAGUCACCACUGUGUAAAGAAAAAAAAAAUGUAUUAGCUGUAACAAUGUAAUUGGUCAAGUUCACUGGAUGAAAGAUUCACUUUUAAAAUCACCUAUUCUUCUAAUAAAUAUGCAAUGAUGAA